UAGUCGUAGGGCAUCAGCUGGUCGGAACUCGAAAUUGGGAAGAAUAACAAGAACCAAUACAAGUCCCGCCAAGGCAACUACAUAUUAUUGUAGCCAUGCCGAUCUCGGAGAUCCAUAAAAGGGGUCUCCGGGAUUUACUUGUGAGCGAGCAGAACACCCCCGUUUUGAUCCAGUUGGCCAAAGGCACCACGAAAAAUGUGUGCAAUCCUAAGGAUCCAGAGGAAGCCCUCCGACUGCUCUCUACUUACAUCCCAGAUAUUUACAUCCUGCUCUCCAAGCGCGCGAUAACCAAAGAACUCCUCUUCACGUAUCUGCACAGCCGACAACCGGAAGCUAACACAGAUUUUACCAAGGCAGACCUCAUAACGAAGGUGAUUCAGUACUGGGAAGAGGACCAGGAGUCCAAGAGAUGGCUUUGUAGAGGGCAGUCCGCCGUUGUCUCGACUUACAAGCUGAACGAAGAGGAUUACCCCAUUCACGCCAUUGCGAAGAAAUUCGGUGAGUGGUUCUUCGAGCGCUUCAAUUCAAACAGCCUGAGCCUGGUGGACCUUUGGACCGAUGCGGCCCUGCACCUUACCAUUAUGGCCAACGAUGGAAUAAACGAGUCGGAGUGCACGACGGCUGCUGAAGUGCUGUCGACACUAACGAGCACCAAGGAACAAUUUGGCUUCCACUUCAACCCGAACUUGACGCACGCCGGGAUUCAGGGCCGAAUGGAUUCUUACGGGCAGGUGGUGGUGCUCUGCUGCGGCACUUUGCACACUUGCGAUAGCUGCGUCGGUGUCUUUGAGUGCGCCUUCGGUCUGCUGCGGGAUCCCUAUGCGCAUAACAACUGGAAGCCCAAGAAAGUCAAGUGCAUGCUCAAAAGCGAACUGAAGCCCCCGGAACUUCACAGCCUUUGCUUAAGCGAGACUCUGCAGGCAGCUCUGGAGCUGCCGGUGCCCAGCGAUGAGUUGGGCUAGCAGGCUGUCAUUGUGUAUUAAUAAAAAAUGUAACUCACCUGUAGGCCGCAGCACAACUUACUUGGACAGAGCGAAAGCCCGUUAACAAGUUCGUGAACGCUUUUACUUAAUCUUCUCACGAACUACAACAGGCAGAAGCACUGGGAAGCCGUAAAAGAAAAUUGAUGACAGCCC